UAAAUUCAUAUUAUACUGAAAACAAUGUUCAUAAAUACUUGUUGCUCGCCUUUUUGUAGACAUGGAAAUGCGUGUACAUGAACAAAAAGAUGCCGCAGUACCAGGCAGCAACCUAUACUCUAAACAGAAUAAUCCCCUGUUAAAUGCCGAUAUCAACCCAUAUGAUAACAUCCAAGAGGCCAACGUAGACAGUGCCAGUAUUGCAAGUUCUGGUGACAUUAACUUGGAUGAAAACGUUGUCGACGAUCAAAAUACCGUGUAUGAUCGUAUGGAAGAAAGGGAGGUCACUCUCGACAUGUAUAAUGAUGAUACGUUCCACUCUGUAUCCAGUGAAGAUCUUCUUAGUGCUACUCUGAAUCUCCAUGCCAUGCGUAAAUCUAAAGAAAGUCUAGACAAGAUCAGUGACGAUGAUGAUGAUCUUGGUGAUACAUCUCAUUCUCCAAACACUGCAGCAGCAUUUAUAAAUGAAGCCUUUUCUGAAGAUUUAGAAAGUACUGAAAUUUAAAAGCAUACCGUUGUAUGCUGAUUGCUGAUCUUCGUUCUGUUGAUCAUUUUGUGUUGAUGACUAAUAUAGACAGAAAUAUAUUCAGAUUAUUUUUAUUUUGUAAUUGUACAGUUUGCGUAAAUUAAAAGAAAGUAUGGAAAUGUUUGUAUGUGACCUUGAUGAGUUUUAAAUUGGUGAUAUAUAUAUCACAAGGAAACGAUAAGAGUAUUAGUAAACAUGAAGCUUUUUCAGAAGACUUAAAGGGAAUUCCUAUAGUUUUUUAUGCGCAUCUUUCUGCGCAGCCAACACUUUCUAUGGAAAACUGAACUGAAGUCAACAU